ACGCGUGUCCUAAACAUUGAAUAUUUGCAAAGAUGAUGUGUGAUUGGCAAUCUAUUUGCAAGACAUGUGUGAAAUGGCUGCUUUUUGUUCUAAAUGGAUUGUGUAUACUGAUGGCAGUUGGUACCAGUGUAUUUGCGAUAGUCGACAUAAAGGUGAUGAAGAAAUAUGGCGAAGGUCAGGGGCACGGCACACUGUCUGGAGACAUACUCAUUAUAAUUGUGUGCUUGCUGUUAUUCAUUGUUGCGGUAUUCGGUUGUAUCGGAACCGCUAAAGAGAAUGUUAAAAUCCUAUGUCUGUACGUAGGUUUCCUAAUGCUAUUCAUGGUGGUGGAACUAUUGGUGGCGGUGUACGUCGCCGUACAGAGAUACGGCCUCGAGUUCAGAGUCUCCGAGUCAAUGCGGAAUCAAUUCUUUCGUAACCUAACAAACGACGAGUUGGAUCAGCACAAGAAGAUUUGGGACGACUUGCAGAUAACAUAUAAAUGCUGUGGUUUAAAUGGUCCUGAAGACUACCAAGCUAUCCGGCAGGGGAUUAGCAUGUCUUGCUGUCCGCGGGCAUUCCGAGCGAAGACUAACUACGCUCAGCAUCAGUUGUAUAAAACAUGUUUAGAGUAA